AUGCCUCGAUGUUUGUGUCUAAGACUCACCUCUCUCUCUCUCUCUCUGCGACGCCCUCAUGUGCGCUUUCUUAUCUUGGCAGACGUGCACACGGACACGCAGAACAAGGAAAAGCGCAUAAACCAUCUUUUGGAUGUUUCAUUCGUCUUCCCAUUAAAAUUGCUGCGGCCACAAUGUAGUUCUACAGUUGCAUUGAACACUCUUGGCUCGCCGGCGCUAACCGCACUCUCGCCAAUUCCACCGCAUCAGCAAAGACAAAAAACAAGAACCUUUUGUGGCCCCCAACACUCGCUGCUUCACCCUCAUCCGCUCCUUUCUGCUGUCAGCCUAAUCACUGGGGCAGCCUUGAAGACGUUAGCUUGCCCAUACAGCCAUACAGCCCUAAAUGGGAAAGUUAAGGAUUCUACAAAGUUCCAAAAUCACAAUUGCCGAGCCGAUGUAAGGGGCAUUUUCUUGCAAAACGCUUUGGAACGGAAGCUGGUGGCAUGCGGCGAACUCAUGUUCAAUUAA